AUCUAGUAGCUUCAUUUAUGGAACAGUGUUGGGCAGGAUCGCUUCAUCAGAGUGAUUUGAAAUUUGCACACGUUUGUACUGUGAUAUCUCAAAAGUAUAUCGAACGCGUAUAUAAUGGAGAUUCAAGGGAAAACUGUGCUUAUCACCGGCGGAGCCAACGGUAUCGGCUAUUGCACCGCUCGGGAAUUACUUCGAAGCGGAGCGAAGGCCAUUGCGAUUAUAGAUUUGCCCGAUUCUAACGGCAAAAAUGCUGUUAUGGAAUUAAAGAAAGAAUUCGGCACAAAUCACGUCAUUUUCCUCGUUGGUAACGUAACAAAUGCCGAACAAAUGACGGCAUGCUUCGAAAAGGCAAUAGAGUUAUUUGGCACAUUGGACAUUGUUAUUAAUAAUGCUGGCAUCAUGAAUGAUGCCGAAUGGGAGCCGAUGGUUGAUGUUAACUAUGUAAGUAACGAUAAAUCGAUUAUUCUGGAAAUUUUUUGCUCAUCGGUUCAUCGUAUUUAUAAUCAGAAAGGGAUUGUACAUGGCACUAUAUUGGGUCUAAAUCAUAUGGGCAAGCAUAAGGACGGGAAAGGUGGGACUAUCGUCAAUAUGUCUUCUAUAGUCGGCUUGCAAGGCAAUCCGAUCGCGCCGAUUUAUGCCGGGACGCAAUUCGCCAUCGUUGGAUUUACCUCAUCAUUAUUGACUUUUUACGAAAAAACAGGUGUACGUGUAUUGAUAAUAUGUCCCGGUCUUACGACCACUAACUUGGCUUCAAAAUUUAUGUCAAGCAAAGCCUACGCGAUGGAUCUUCUCGAUGAUGACAUCGCUGCCAAGGAGAUGACAACGAUGGAAAGUCAACCACCCGAACAUGUGGCAACUGCUAUCGUUGAAUUGAUCGAGAAAGGAGAAAAUGGCGCGAUCUUCGUCAGCGAAAACAAUCAACCUGCUUAUGCUGUGCAAUUACCAUUCUACACCGAUUUGAAGAUUUCGAUAACGGGCAAAGAGUGUCAAACAAUGGAAAACGUGCAGAAUAAAACUGCGAUUGUCACAGGCGCCGGGUCCGGUAUUGGUUAUCACAUUACUGAAGAAUUAUUGCGCAAAGGCGCGAAGAAAGUUGCCAUCCUCGAUUUGCCGAUAGCACGUAGUUACGACGCGACAGUGACUCUGCAAGAAAAAUUUGGAAAAGACCGUGUAAUCUUUUUUCCGAUUGAUCUGACGAACUUGGAAUUAUAUAGUGAAACCUUCAAGCAAGUUGUUAAGACUCUCAACGGACUUGACAUACUUGUCAACAAUGCCGGGAUCUGUUAUGACCGUUGUGUCGAGCAAACGUUUGCUAUUAAUGUUAUAGCACUAAUUCGCGGCUCAAUCUUUGCCCUAGAUUACAUGGGUAAGCAUAAAGGUGGCAAAGGAGGUACCAUAAUAAAUAUUGCGUCAUUAAGUAGUCUUGAGCCUUUUUACAUAUAUCCUGUGUAUUGUUCUUCCAAAUGGGCUGUCCUCGGAUUUGGACUCAGUCUUGAGAAAUCUUAUGAUAAAACGGGAGUCCGUAUUUUAACAAUAUGCCCCAGUUUUACAACAACGCCAAUGGUGUGUAACGAUGACGGAAACAAGGCUCUCGAUUUUAUUGAUGAAGGCUAUAUUAAGAAUUUGAUGCCUGAACAUUUUUAUAAGCCUCAAUCUGUUGUACACGUAGCACAAUCUACAGUCAUGGCAAUUCAAAAAGGUAAAAACGGAUCGAUUUGGAUUAUUAAGAAGGAUGAGCCACCAUUUCCAGUCAAAUUAUCGUCGUAUGUUGCCGCUUAGAUGUGAAAUUUUUCAAACACGUUGAGAACUAUAUGAAAGUUCACCUAACCUAUAUGAAUAAUAUAUUAAUCCAUAUUAAUUUCUAUUUUUUGGUAUUAAUAAUAAAAACUUAAUUAAUAUUAAUAAUAAAUUUAUAAUAAUUUUUGUAAUUAUUAAAAGAUGUUAUAUUUAUUUGAUUUAGUCACAUUUACACAUCAUGUAAUAAUUACGAAUACGGUUCAGGUUAAGCAUGAAUAAACAGUAAAAUAAAAAUAAAAGUAUGUUCAUACCCUCUA